AUGGCUAAUCAAUUUAUUGAAUAUACAUCAUAAGAAUUUUUGUAAUUGCAUUCUUACCUUUUAAAUACAAAUAACAACACCCUAGAAUUAGAGAAAACAUUCAAGGAAAUAGAAAAAGCUUGCAAUGCAUUUUCAGCAUCUUUAAAAAAAAUUGCCGAACGACUCCACGAAUUUGUGAGUAAAGGCACAGGAGAUGAUGAUAAUAUCGAAUGUGUCUACUAGUAUUUGAGUAACUUUUUACUUUAAAAUUCACAAUAGUGGUAAUAAACAAGUGAAAAUUUGAAAAGCGAAGUUCUUGAACCAUAUCAAUUAAUUAUGAGCAAUUACAGAAAUAUAAACCUGAAAUUAUCUUCAGAAAUGAAAGAUUACAUUGGAAAUAUUUCAUCACUAAAUAAGCAAAUCUCAGAUUAGUAAGAGGAAUAUAUACGCUUAAUGCAAAAUGCUGAUAAGUGCUAGUUACUUAUGGAAAGAACAGUUGGAGAAAUUGCUAAAGGAAAUAAAGGCAAGGAAGAAUUGGUAAAAGCUUCAGAAAAGCAAAUUAAAUUAAAAGAAAUUGCAGUAGAAGCUUAAGAAGAUUAUAAAAAACUCAUAGAGAAGGGAAAUAAGAAACUAACUGAUUUUGAUGUGAAGAUUAAAGAUUGGUAUUAGUAAGUAUAUUUAAAUGAUGAAAACAGAAUCAAGUUCUCUAAGCAAAUUAUGUUGUCGUUGAUGAAAAAGUUAACUAAUGAAACUGUCUAUUCUAUUUACCAAGACAAACUAAACUAAUUGGAAUAACGAGUCACUUAAAAAUAACCUCAGGAUCUUCAACAUUAAAUCUAAAGAUUGCUAAAAAAAAGUGGAACUGAUUCAAUUUAAUUUUCACUUUAUGAUUAAAUUAAUUAUGAUUAAAUUAAAAGAGGAGAAUGGAAAAAGCAACUGUAAUUUUUAGGAAGUGAAUGGACAAUGAUUGGGGAAUAAUUGAAUGAAGAAUAAGCAACAAAAAUUAUUCAAUUCAUAAAUGAUCUUAUGGAAAAUUUAGAAACUUCAGAUGACAGUGCCAAUAACUCAAGAAACAGGUCCUAUUCCACAUCUUCAACAAAAUCAAAUUAAUUUUUAUCACAUGAAUAUUUGGGAGUCAAAUAAUUGAUGACUAAAUAAUCAGGCAGAUCAUUCUUAAUUAAAUUGUUAUAAAAAGAAAUUGAAAAGAGAAAAGUCAAAUAAUUAAAUUUGUUAGAAGAUUCUUUUAAUGAAGUUAGUUCUAUUUUUAAACAUGUAUUCUUAAUUUUGGAUGCUGAAUUUGAUGUUGAAGAGUUCUAUAUCUUUUUAUAAUUAUCAUUUAAAAUUGUAAAAGGGGAAAACUCUCAUCUGAUUUCGAGCUUCUCUAAGUUAGAUAUUUGGUAAAAUAAAUAGAAAUGGAGAUCUUUAUAUGAACACAUUAAAACUACUAAAUUUCAAUAAAAAUAAGUUUUAGAUGAUUAAUUUAAUUUAGUAAAAAAAGGAUAUGGAUUGAUUAGCAAAGGAUUAAAGAAAAUAACUGGAGCUGUAUAAGGAUAAUAAUUUUCAGAAAAAGAAAAAUAUUAAUAACAAAAAUACAUAGUGUUACAUGAGAUUGCCACUUUCCUAAGUGAAUUAAAUGUCUCACCAUAAUUAGGAACAGAUGUUAUAUUAGAACUUGCAUUUCAUUCUGAAAUCAAAUUGGAAAAGGUGCAAUUAGAAAAAAUAUUACAAAUCAUGGAAGAAAAAAAUGCUCUAACUUUUAACUCAAAGUAUUCUUCAGGAUUGGGAAUGAAAUAACGAAAGGAAGAUAAGUUUAGAAGAUUUGGUUUAAAUAAUGUUUAAUCAAGAGUUAUCUAUUAAAUACUUGUAACAUAAGGAUAGACCAUAUUAAUUAUUAUUAGUAUCAAAAGCCUUCAAAUUUCACUUGAGAUUUGCUAUUGA